AUGGGUGGGCUGGGCAGUGCUGGUGCAGGGCAGAAGCGGGCGCGGUUGUCGGCAUGCUCGCGCCACGCGCAGCAGUGGUGGCGCUGCCGCCGCUCAGUGGUAUGGGCCUUACGUGGGCGCGAGUUCCGGCCACAGCAGCAGCAUGAGUGGCACCUCCAGCGCAACUUGCGUAGCUUUGCUGCAGCCCGGUUGCCCGCCAUCCUGAGCGAGCGCGAGUUUUCCCUCGGCCGCCUCAACAAGGUUUUCGCCUCACAGUGGCUCAACCACCGGCAGGUCGUGUGUGGGACCAAGUGCAAUACGUUGUUUGUGGUGGAUGUGCUGACAGGACAGAUCACGCGCAUCCCCAUGCUGCGGGACCGGGAGAGGCGUGCGCCAGGGUCCUUGGGGGUGAGGGGCCUGCCUGGCUCCUUCUUGCCCGGCUCAGGCUCCCCGUUGGACAACCAGCAGGGCUGCGGCAUCCAUGCCAUUGAGCUGAACCCCUCAGGCACGCUGCUGGCCACUGGCGGCGACAACCCCAACAGUCUGGCCAUCUACAGGCUGCCCACACUAGACCCUGUCUGUGUUGGAGACGAUGGCCAUAAUGACUGGAUAUUUUCCAUUGCCUGGAUCAGUGACAGCAUGGCUGUAUCUGGCUCGCGGGACGGGUCUAUGGGCUUGUGGGAGGUGUCUGACGACGUGCUGAGCCAGGCAGAGCGGCGUGAAGACGAGGAGGGCGUGCCCGGCUACACGCACAUCUCCCACCGUGCCCUCAAGGACAUCCCCAAGGAGUACACCAACCCCUACAACUGCAAAGUGCGCGCACUGGCCUUCAACAACAGCCACAAGGAACUUGGUGCUGUCUCGUUAGAUGGAUACUUCCACCUUUGGAAGGCACAAGACAACCUGUGCAAGGUUUCUUCCACAAAGCUUACCCACUGUAAGGAGAAUGUGUGUCUGGCCUAUGGGGUUGACUGGUCGGUGUAUGCAGUUGGCUCUCAGGCCCAUGUCUCCUUCCUAGACCCACGCCAGCCCACGAACAUCAAAUCCGUCAGUUCAAGGGAGCGUGGCAGUGGCAUACGCUCUGUGAGCUUCUAUGAACACAUUGUGACCGUGGGCACGGGCCAGGGAUCACUGCUGUUCUACGAUAUCCGUGCCCACCGCUUCCUGGACGACCCAAGCUGCCCGGUGGGCUGCCCGGGCGGCUACCGCACGCGGCCUGCAGAGAGCAUCCUCAAGCUCAGCACGGGCAGGGGCUGGCUGAAUCACGACGAGACGUGGAGAAGCUACUUCUCAGACAUCAGCACCUUCCCUAAUGCGGUGUACACGCACUGCUACGACGCCUCCGGCACCAAGCUCUUUGUAGCUGGCGGGCCCCUCUGCUCCGGCCUGCAUGGAAACUACGCUGGCCUCUGGAGCUAGCUUCCUCCAUCUGCCCCUCUGUCCCUGUACAUGUCCCUAUCUCUCUCUUUCUUUCUCUCUCUCUCUCUCACUCACACACACACACAUAUCCUUAACCCACUCUCCCCUGUACACGGACAAAAAAAAAAACACACGCACACCUAGCCACAGAUGGUGCUUACGGUCCCUGCCUCGUUUGCCUCACACGUCUUCUUUUUUUUAUUCUUCAUACCGUCUCAAGCCGUUCACACAUCCAUGUCCCCGUCAUCGGCCCUCAGGAUCAUGCUUGCCGCUCCUCCACCCUGGAGCGCCUCUCUGGCUACCGCAGUCAUCCGCCCCCCCCUCCUCUCCCUCCACAGCUGUCAGAAAUGGUGUGUGUUGUGUGAGUUCCUCAGAACAGAAUGGGUUCCUCUCAGGAAGGCACACCCCGACCGACUUCCACCCCCAAGUGAUUGUGAGUCAGCAGGAUGCCGAAGACGCCACGCCGGUCAUCAGCUGUACUCGCCAAUGUUUUUGUCAGGUUUUUGUUUAGGUUUGUUUUUGUAAUAAAUGAAACACUACGAGAUAUUAAUCAUUUAAGUUAUACCCAGGGAUUUGAACUGUUUGGUUUCUGUUUUAGUCAGAGAUAUAUAUACACACAUGUAUACACACACAAAUAUAUAAACUACAUUUUUUCCCUAAGAACUUCUCUCCCUUAGUUGUCCAGCUAUGUUUGAGAAGCAGUCUUUAUUAUGUCUACAUGUCUGAACUAUUGGAGAGGCACCUGUCCAACCCUCUGGCAUUUCAGGCUCUCUGUCUGUGAUGGACUGACACAGAGAAACGGAGAGGGAGGCGGGCGGAGAGAAGAGAGAUACAGACACAUGGAUGUCCAUGGAGAUGAUGAGCGAGGGGGCUAAGAUGGGACCUUGUAACAGAGACUGAGAUGCACAUGAAGAAAGCCCAGCAAAACUGCCCAGUUUGUAAAUGGAGGUGACUAUGGAACCAGCCAAUCAAAGGAGA